UGCCUGGCAACGGGUGUUGUGAUGAGGAGGGCCACCAGCAACCCGGUUCCAGUCCUGCAAGGGACAAGGAGGGAGGAAGGAGCCUGCUGGCUACGCCACCUUUUCUUUAUUGCUUUUGCUCAUUGCUUCUAUCACACCUUUUGUUUAGCCCAUUCGUCACCAAUUUUGCUCAUCCCAGACAGGCCCAACUGGGCAGGAAGGCUUGUGACAAAUCAGGGACAGAGUGUGUGCAGUCAUGGCAACAUCCCUGGACACACUCAGCCUCUCCCAGAUGCUGGAUCUCGCCAUCGAGAUGCCCCAGAAGGGAUCUGUUCACUUUGCAGCCAUGAAAAAACUGCUGCAGGCUGUGCUGGAGCACCUGGACGUGCAGUACCUGACCAGCCAGGAGCCGUGGACAGGCCAGCUGAGUGGCCCCUCACUUGCUGAUGUGGCCACUCACAUGGAAAAGAUGAAGAAAGAGAUGGAAGACUGCAAGAAACAGAUGUCUGAGCUUGUUCAUGAAGUGAUUGUUGGGAUACAGGCAGAGGUUUCCCACCUCUCAGAGGAUGUUAGGAAGAUGCAGAAGGCCCAGUCCUGCAUGUCAGAGGAAAUUAAGAAGAUCCAGGAGGAGGACAUGACUCUCAUCCAGGAUCUCCGUGAGGAGGUUGACAGGAUAAAAACAACCCAGAUCCGCAUGGAAGGAGACGUAAAGAAGCUUAAGGAGACUCCUGCCUUAAUUAAGAAGAUGGGAGAGGACCUUCAAAAGCUGAGGGAGGAUGCAGCCAAAUGGAAAGAAGAGAGCAGCAAGGAGAUCUCUCAGCAAAUUGAGGCUUUGCGGCAGGAGACAAAGCGUGAGCUGCAGAUGAUGGAAGAGCAGCAGGAGAUGAGGUAUACCAUGCUGGAGCAGGUGGUGAUUGAGACAAUUAACAAAGUGAACGAGCAGCUUGGUGAUACAGGCGAAACUGGGGACCUAGAGGAUGAGCAGCAAGAGGGGAAUGGAGACUGCUCCAGUUGCACCUUCAACAUCAGAGUGUGCUUGGGGAAGCUCCUCCGGCGCUGUGAGAAACUCCAGGAGCAGGUGGAAUCCAUGGAGUCACGGCAGAUGGCCAUGGGAAAAUGCAACAAAAUGAUGAGGAAAUAUGUCCAGGAGCGGGAGCAAGACCAGAAGCGGCUGCACUACGUGGAGGCUACAGUUGUACAGAUGAAGGGAGACUGUGAGAAGCUCAGCUUUGUUUCUGGGACCCUGCAGAAAGACUCUCAACAAAAGCAGAAAGAAAUCGAGAUGCUGUUCCAGUCUCUGGAGAAGCUGCAGAAGGAGAAGGCAGAUCAGCAGGACAUGCUGGCAGCAAUGGACAUGGUACAGUCUAGAGAGGCCUCUGUACCAGCCCAGGGGUUCCUGGACAGGGUGACAAAUGCCUCUUGCCCUUGGGGGAUGGGGGGCAGAACUGGUGUGGGGAGGGAGAAUUUCCUGAGCUCAGGGGGUCCCUCACCCUCCAGAUGGUGGGACCAAGCUCACCAGGCUGACGGGGCAAAUGGGGCCACAGCAGCCUGAAAGGGCCAUGCUGGCCUGGGGGAAGCACUCCUCCCUCUCCCCUCACACACGCUGUAUCACCUGCCUGUCCUUCGUCAUCCCUUUCCCCACUGCUCUCCUGCCCUUCCCCUCUGCUAGAAGGCGGACAAAGCUGCCUUGGGCAGCAAAGUCAAUUGCAGCCAGUUUGAUGUCACUAUGGAGCGUCUGGAUGAGAGGAUGCAGGAGUUGCAGAGCCAGAUUUCAGGCCAGGAGCAGCACUGGAACAAUACGCAGCAGCAGCUCAGCCUUCUGGAGGAAGAGAAGCUGGAUCGCCUGGAGCUGAAGACUUUCAGUAACCAGAUGGAGGAGAACUGGAACAGGAACAUGGAUGAGCUUGAGAAUAGGCUGAGGCGUGAAAAUGCUGCUGGAUAUAAGAAGUGAGUGUGAUGGAGAUUCUGAUGGCUUUGGGGACAGCAAUGGUCCCAUUCCCUCCAGCAACUGCUCCUCGCAGGCAGGGCUGUGACACGCUGUGUCCCAGAGCUGGAUCAUGCCCUGCCCUCCUGCC